CCUCCCGAACCCCUCUCACGACUUCUCAUCUCUCGCCUUCUCCAUCCAACUCCUCCUCUCACGCCCUCUCCGUCCAACUUCUCUCCGGCAAACCCCUCUCCGGCGAACCCCUCUCUGUAAACCUCCCCUCCGAAGUCCUCUCCGUCAACAAGAAGAGGAGCUCCAGGAUGCUCAACAAGAAGAGGAGCUACGCGCAGUACCAUCUCGAAUUAGGGCAGUCGGACUUCCUCCUCCGCUCCUGCUCCGUCUGCGGGAUGAUGUACGCCCCCGGGGACGAGUCAGACGAGAAGCUCCACGGGGAUUUCCAUAAGAAGUACUACGAAGGAAUUCGGUUCAAGGGUUGGCGCAAUGAGAGAGUUGUCUCGACGCCCAGCGGAGGCAAUUCCCGCAUCCUAUUGGUUCUCGACGGUGACUCCCCAUCGCACAAGCGCAAGGUUAAGGAGGUGCUUACGAUCAUGGAGAAGGAACUUGGGUUCCAAAUAGUUCUUUGAGACGUUGCUUUGUUUAAUAAGUGUAAGACCAAGACAAUUCUUUCAGCUCAACAUGGAUCUUUAUUCUCAGCAAUUUGGAGGCUUCAAUGAAUAUCACAAUUUGGAUACUGGGCAAGUGAGACACAUAUGUACUAAUUGUGGCAGUCCUUCUCAUCCAGUUGCUAUAUGCCAUCUCAUCCAAAAGAUUGCUAGAUUUCCUGUGGAACCCCAGUAUUUCCAACAUCAAUAUCAAUAGGCAUAUGAUCCAACUCCUAGUACCUAUAGUCAUGACUGGGGUAAUUAUUCGACUCAGUACUUUCAAACCCAGAUUCCAGAGCAGCAUGGAUACUUACAAUCCCAAGGCUAUCAACCCCAACAGCAGUAUGAGAAUACACAACAACAAGCUUUUGAGCAUCCUCAGUGUUACAAUUCAAACUGGAUGAACCAUCCAAAUUUUAUGCAUGGGAACGAGCAACAAUAAUUGAAUCAAUUUUUUUCAACAUAUCAAAUGCCACAAGGAUUUCAGGAUGAUCCUAUGCCUACAUGGUCACAUUCAGUCCAGCAGACCAAACCAGCUCCUUGGGGGGCAUUUCAAGAGAGCACUAAAGAAGUUCAUGUCCCUAAUCAAUCAAUAUUUCAAGAUUUGAAGGAUGUAAUGUAGCAGAUGCAGCAACAACAAGAGGUAUAUAUCCAGUCUCAACAAAGAAAUGAAGCAUCACUACAGAAUUGUCAGAUGUAUCUGGAUCAAAUUGUAGCAUCCAUCAGCCAACGACAAGCCCAAUUAUCUAGUGAGGAGAUGGAUUCUAGAGAAUGUCAUAGCCCUGACCUGAUUCUACUCCUAUACAGGAUUCCUCUAGCCUUUUGUGUGAUGAUGUUGCAAUUUGUGAUUAUUUUAAUUCUGAUGAUAUUGUUGUUGUAGAUAUUAUUGAUGCAGGUGUUGUUGGUGAUGUUGAGGAGGUAGCUGAGCUGGAUUAUGCAUCUAUCGAUAAGGAAAGUGUAGGGACUUGCAUAGUGGAAGCAAUGUCUCAAGAAUCACCUAGUUUUGUUGCACGACCACCUGAUGAUAAGAGUGUAGGGACUUGUGUUGUGGAGGCAGAACCCCAAGAAUCACUUCAUUUUGAUGCACCACCAGAACCUGAGCUAGAACUAGAGUCUGAGUUAUUACUUGAUGAAGAGGAGGUCACAUCCACUGUUCUAGAACCUCCAGGUACAUUUCAGUACAGCAAGGUAAAUAUUUCUUGUGAUAUUGUAGAGAAUUCCAUAGAGGUUCCAAAUAUUGAUUUUAUUGGAUGUGACUCAUAUUUGGAUUCAUGUUUGUCUAAGUUUGAUAUUGUUUCAUCUCUUCCUUACCCCACAUGUGUGUGGAAGGUGCAUUCUGUCCUUGGCCUUGCAGGUUUUUACAGGCCCUUGGAGUGGAUGCUUAAGUUGAAUCGCCUUCAACCUCUUGGAAAAACUUUCAAAAAGAAUAGGAUGAAGGGAGCGGUCUUUACUUCAAAUGUAAACAUUCCACUCCCAACUUGGAUUUUGCACCUUAAUCGUUUGCAACCACCAUGAAGGAUCAUUCCACUACCUGCGUGGAUACUACUUCAGAACCAUCUUCAACCACCAGGAAUAAAGGAGAGUUCAUUCCUUUCCUUUCUUUUUCUUGCUUUCCUUUAUCUUUAUAUUUACAUGUUUGUUUGCUUCCAUACUUGGCUUUCAUACUUUGUUUUCUUGUUUUGCAUUUUGUUUGGUUUUUUUUAUACCUUGCUUGAUUUUGAGUCAUAUCUCCCUAGAUGUCCCUUUAUAAUGCUUUGAGAAUUGUAAAAGAUAGUUAAGUUGGACUAUCAAGUCUUGGUUUUCUGGGUAUAUUUGGGUACAUUAAUUGCAUUAGUCAUUUGUUGUGGUGAUGGAAUCUAUCUUGUUAGAUUAUGCAUGAUAUUUUGUUAUUCACCUAGUGAGGUUUUUUCCACGUUUAUCCUUAAUCCUCUUGUGUGUGAUAGUACUUGUGAUACUUGACACUUUAGAACUUACUUUGAUUCUUUUUGAAAUUAUGGUAACAUAAGCUUGCAUAAAUAUGAUAGAGGCAAAUUUUCUUAUUCAUCUCUUAGUUGUUCCUCUACGUUGUUGUUCUUACCAGUAACCAUUUCACCUAUUGCUUUCAUGUUUCAUUGUACUUCCCUUGUUAUAUCUUCUCAUUGUUGUUAUAUUUUCACUAUCAUAUCUUUAUCGAUUCAUUCAUUCCCUAGUCCUUUGAUGAGAGCAUUGAGCGAUUGCAUGAUGAGUUACAUUUUCAUUGUCACAUCUUUAUUGAUUUAUUUUUAGCCCCCUAUUGUUGGGAGUUUUAUGAUGAUUUGUUAUAUUGUCAAAGACGGACAAGUUUAAGUGUGGGGGGAGGCAAAUAUGUAUGGACGAUAUGGACGAAUGCUUGUUGAAAAAAAAAUCUCUCUAUGUACAAAAAAAACAUAAAAAAAAAUGGUGAAAAAAAAAUAAAAAGAGAGGGAAAAAAAUUCUCAAGCAUUUGUUAUUUUGUUAGUGAUGAACUAGAAGGAAGUCUCCAUGGAAAGAUUGAUGUAUACUCAUUUUAUAUUGUUAUUGAGAGAUUCUCAUGA